AUGCCUCCUACUACUAACAAACCCCUAACCUCCGUCACGCUAAUCUUCUCUCCUUACCACGUCGGCAUCCGCGACCACGCGGUCGGCGCAGGACCGACCCGCAUCAAAGAAGCAGGUAUCGUCGACACCCUUCAAGACCUAGACAUACAGAUAAAACAGGUCGACAUCCCCAGCGUGUACGACUUCGAAGGCGAUAUUGGACGCAGUUUUGAAGUCAUCCGACGCACGGCGAAACUGGUCGCCCAAGCCCGGCGGGAGUCUUCUUUUCCAGUGCUUAUCGCGGGGAAUUGCUCCGGUAGUGUUGGGGUGUUUGCCGGAUUGUGUGCAAACAACAACAAUGCAGCUGAGGUGGGAUGUAUAUGGUUCGAUGCCCACGAUGAUUACAACACGCCGGACACGGUCGUGAGUGGAUAUUUCGACUCGAUGGGCGUGGCGAUUAUGGGUGGGGAAUGUUGGAAAGCCCAGGCAGCGACGGUGCCUGGAUUCCCUGAGGGCGGGAUGGAUUUAAGGAGGGCAUUUGUGCAAGUUGGGGUGAGGGAUGUGACGGUAGAAGAGGUGACGAGAGUGAAGGAGGGCAAAUAUGCCGUGAUCUGGGGCGGAGGCAAAACCGAGGACAGUGAAAGGGUGGAUUACGUCCGAGACUUGGAUAGGGUGGUGAGAGAGAAAGUCGAGAGUGGAAAUGUGGGCAAAGAGGACGGGUGGGAGGUCAUAGUGCAUGUUGAUUUGGAUGUAUUGGAUAAAGGCGUCGGACAGGCUAAUAAGUACACGGCGACGGAUGGUGGACUUUUGCAGGAGGAAUUAGUCAGUUGUUUGGAAUUGCUUGCGACGGGAGUCAAAGAGGCAGAGGGCGAGAAAGGGAGAAUCAGGCCGGCGAGCCUGACGGUCGCAAGUUAUGACCCGACUUUUGACCAGGACGGCCGGAUUUUGAGGACAGCAAUAAAUGGGAUUGUCGCGUUUGUGGAGGGAUUGAGAGAUACAGGGACAUUGUUGAGAGUUCCAUGAGUCGAAAGAUGCAAAAAGCACGUGAGAUCGGGUCUGGCGUCUGCAGAGUUCAAGCAACUGCAACCAGGCUAGUAAACAUCUGCACCAUGGC